CUUUACGGCGCAUUGCCGCCUUUGCAUACUCUUCCGACUCCGCGCAGACGUCGUCGCAGCACAAGGCGAGGGAGGCCCGAUGUGGUAAGUGUUCUCGCUGAGCUGCUCCACCGAGCGAGUCAGAGUCCAUUUUCCCCAUCGCUCUUUCGAACAAUGUGCCACUGAAAUGGGCUUUUGACAAAACGAUCGCUUCUGCGGAGAAAAAUCUGGCGUCGAUCACUCGUUUCUUUUCUGGGGUUUUCGAGUGUCAGAAGGGGUUAGGGUUUUAGGGCCACGGAAGAAUUGGUGCAAGCUUUCAUCUCGCUUGGUCGGAGAGAGAGCAAGUGCUGCGGAUGACUUGAAGAAGGGCGCGGAAUUGAAGUGUGUUGCAGCGGCGUCGAGGUCGAUUCCUCGGCCUGGCUUGGGAGUUGAGGGGAUUGAUUGGCGUUGGAGAUGUCACAGGAUGAGGGUAUCGAGAGCGCUACCGGGGCGAAAGAUGUCGCCUCCUCGAUGGAAGUGGAAGCAUUUAGGAGACUAUUCCCUGUCCAGUAUAUUGAACGGUACCUUGACGCUUCUGUUCGACCAGACGGGCGACCUCUGGGACGUGCCCGACCUACUGAUGUUGUUCUAGGUCAGGUACCUACAACAGAUGGAUCAGCAUUGGUUAAACUUGGUAACACAACUAUGUUGGCAGGAGUGAAGUUGGAGCUUUGCGUUCCCUCCGGGGAAAGCCCAGACCAAGGACGCAUUGCCGUAGACUUUCAGAUGCCGCCUAUAUGUUCGCCUCAUGUAAGACCUGGUAGGCCUGCAGAGGACGCUUGUUCCAUAAAUGAACAACUCUCCAACGUGCUAGCUAGUGCGCAGCUCUUGGACCUGCGUGAACUUCUAAUCACGAGUGGCAAAUCGGCUUGGGUGGCAAAUCUGGACAUUUAUUGCUUAAACGCGGAUGGUUCUUUAUUUGAUGCUGCAUUGUUAGCUUGCGCUGCAGCCCUGACUGACUUGCAAAUUCCAGGCGUCGCUAUUGAUGACGAUGGCAAGGUGCAGAUAGUUUCUCCUUCAGGAGACCAAGAUCAACAUAUGCUUGAUGCGGAGAAAGUUUCAGAUGAAUCCAAAAGUAGACGAAUAGAUAAACGAAGGUUGACACUAGGACCAGUGCCCGUGGCCCUGACAUGUAUGUUGCACAAGAAGCAUAUUCUGGCCGACCCCACGGCGGAGGAGGAAACUUAUCUCCAAACAACUGUAACUGUGGCUAUGGACUCGUCUGACAAAUUGAUUUCUUUGUAUAAACCUGGUGGCCUGAUCGUCGCAACAACGUCCACGAUUAUGGAUUGCAUUGCACUCACAAGAAUACGAUUGAAGGAGGUGAACCGUAUUCUAAUUGAGGCGGCCCAAGUUAAGGCAGGCGAUUAACAACGUUUCUUAAUGCCAGUAAGCACUGACGAGUAGGGACCAAAGCACGAGGAAUCUCUACUUUCCGUUUUGUUAGAUGUAGUUUGGUUGCGUAGAGCUUUGCUACUGCUGGCCUUUCUGGGUUCGGAUAUGCUGAUAUUGUGGAAAGGGAUCCACGGAUGUAAAGAUAACCACAGCAGUCUCAUGAAAUCUUUCAACGUAAUGAGAUCAACCGUAGCGCUAGACCUGCUGCACUCAUAAUGCCCGCAUGGAGUGCGGGCAUUACAGGUCGCCAAAUUCUUGAUGCUUUUACUCUGUGUAGCCCGCUGAGAGGAUGCAGAUGCCAUUUUGGAAGCGCAAAUGAUAAUACUUCGCUCAAGAUUGGAUGAAUGUUCGAAGGCCUUUUUGAGGGCUUUACUCAUAUAAUGUGACUACUGAAAACAUUUCUCGAUUUCAUGGAUCUCAUGUAUAGAACACUUUAGGACGAGUUAAGGUAUUGCACCAUUUAGGCGAUUGGAAUUCUUAGCGUCGUGAAGUUCUUGGGUACCAUUUUUUCAGAGGUAACGUCUGUGAAUGGUUCAAGAAUAUCUCGACCACCUGUGGAAGUAAAGAGAUUUUGAGCAGAAAAUUUAAU